AUGUUUGACAGCUCGCAGUAUCCCUACAAUUGCUUCAAUUACGACGCCGACGACUACCCCGCGGGCAGCUCGGACGAGGAGAAGCGGCUCACGAGGCCGGCGUACAGCUACAUCGCGCUGAUCGCCAUGGCCAUUCAGCAGAGCCCGACAGGCAAGGUGACCCUGUCGGGCAUCUACGACUUCAUCAUGCGCAAGUUCCCCUAUUACCGCGCCAACCAGCGCGCCUGGCAGAACUCCAUCCGCCACAACCUGUCCCUCAACAGCUGCUUCGUCAAGGUGCCGCGGACCCACGGCCACGAGAAAGGCAAAGGCAACUACUGGACCUUCGCCGGCGGCUGCGAGUCGCUACUGGACCUUUUCGAGAACGGCAACUACAGGCGGAGGCGGCGGCGGCGCGGCCCCAAACUCGAGGAGGCGAGGGGGACGCGCGCGGCAGAAGCGGAAGCGCCCCGGGGUCCCCCUGAGCCGGCCACUGCGAGGGGGAACCCCGUCCCCCGCCGCGAGGCCCCAAUCCCAGCCAGCCCCGCCGCCCUGGGGAGGGAGGCACACAGGGACAUCAAGUUCAGCAUCGACUACAUCCUCUCCACCCCCGACCCCUUUCCCGGGCUCAGGUCGCCCUACGCGCAGGAGGGCAGAUACCCCCGGCUGGAGGCCCAGCAAAUGAAUCUUCACCUUUGGACGAUGUGAGAGGGGCUGAGGCUCCUCCGCCUUCCGGGGCUGGCAGCCAAUCAGUCUGGGGUCUUCUGGGUGGUUUUGGCCCACCUCAAGUGGAGAAGUGAGGUUCUGCCACAUCCCACAAACUUCCACAGACUCAGGCUCAACGCUGAAACCAGCCUAGG